UUACCCGGUUUAUCUGUUUUUUUCAAACUUGCAAAUCUUCAAAAAUUUAAAAAUAUGUUUAUUGAAAAAAUCCACAGGGAAGUGAACCCUCUCAGUUCAAAGCCACGUUGUUCAGGGUCAAUUGUAUUAUAUUUCCAUGUCAUUUUUAUAACUACCCAUACUGGCUAAAGGCAAAAUGGUAGCUUACCUUUAUUGGACUGAUAAUGAUAUCCCUUGAUAGUUGGUAAAAGGAGCUGUUUUACCCAGCGUUUUCCCAUCAUCUUCUUUCUUUCCCAUUACACGAUAUGAAUGGUAACAAUGUACUUUUACGAGAGGCUUUAUUCAUUGAGGAUUAAUGUGUUAUAAGCAGUAUAAUAAAGACUUUAGAUGGCUAACAACAGCCCCGCGCUGACAGGCAACUCACAGCUGCAGCACCAGACGGCCGCUGCUGCGGCUCAGCAACAGCAGCAGUGCGGCGGCGGCGGCGGCGGCGGCGGCGGCGGCGUAGCGCCGGCGGUCUGCGGCAAGCAGGGCAAUGUGCUCCCUCUCCGGGGCAACGAGAAGACCAUGAACCUCAACCCCAUGAUCCUGACCAACAUCCUGUCGUCGCCUUGCUUCAAAGUACAGCUCUACGAGCUCAAGACCUACCACGAGGUGGUGGACGAGAUCUACUUUAAGGUCACGCACGUUGAACCAUGGGAGAAAGGAAGCAGGAAAACAGCUGGCCAGACAGGGAUGUGCGGAGGGGUAAGUAGAGUUCGAGGUGUUGGAACAGGAGGAAUUGUUUCUACAGCAUUUUGCCUGUUAUACAAAUUAUUUACCCUAAAGUUAACUCGAAAGCAAGUGAUGGGUCUUAUAACUCACACAGACUCUCCAUAUAUUAGAGCGCUUGGAUUUAUGUAUAUAAGAUAUACACAGCCCCCUAAAGAUCUGUGGGACUGGUUUGAAUCCUUCCUUGAUGAUGAAGAGGACCUAGAUGUGAAGGCUGGUGGAGGCUGUGUAAUGACCAUUGGAGAAAUGCUACGAUCUUUUCUCACAAAACUGGAGUGGUUUUCUACCUUGUUUCCAAGAAUUCCAGUUCCAGUUCAAAAGAAUAUUGAUCAACAGAUUAAAACCCGACCUAGAAAAAUCAAGAAAGAUGGGGAGGAAGGUGCUGAGGAAAUAGACAGACAUGUUGAACGCAGACGUUCAAGGUCUCCAAGGAGAUCUCUGAGUCCACGGAGGUCCCCAAGAAGAUCAAGAAGUAGAAGUCAUCAUCGGGAGGGCCAUGGGUCUUCUAGUUUUGACAGAGAAUUAGAAAGAGAGAAAGAACGCCAGCGACUAGAGCGUGAAGCCAAAGAAAGGGAGAAAGAACGGCGAAGAUCCCGAAGUAUUGACCGGGGGUUAGAACGUAGGUGCAGCAGAAGUAGGGAAAGGCAUAGAAGUCACAGUCCAAGUCGUGAUAGGAAAGGGGAUAGAAGGGACAGGGAUCGAGAAAGAGAGAAGGAAAAUGAGAGAGGUAGAAGACGAGAUCGUGACUAUGAUAAGGAAAGAGGAAAUGAACGAGAAAAAGAGAGAGAGCGAUCAAGAGAAAGGUCCAAGGAACAGAGAAGUAGGGGAGAGGUAGAAGAGAAGAAACAUAAAGAAGACAAAGAUGAUAGGCUGCACAGAGAUGACAAAAGAGAUUCCAAGAAAGAGAAAAAACACAGUAGAAGCAGAAGCAGAGAAAGGAAACACAGAAGUAGGAGUCGAAGUAGAAAUGCAGGGAAACGAAGUAGAAGUAGAAGCAAAGAGAAAUCAAGUAAACAUAGAAAUGAAAGUAAAGAAAAAUCAAAUAAACGAAGUCAAAGUGGCAGUCAAGGAAGAACUGACGGUGUUGAAAAAUCAAAAAAACGGGAACAUAGUCCCAGCAAAGAAAAAUCUAGAAAGCGUAGUGGAAGCAGUUCCCACAAACGAGAUCACAGUGAUAGUAAGGACCUCAAACAUGAUCAUCGAAGGAGCCAAAGUAUAGAACAAGAGAGCCAAGAAAAACAGCAUAAAAACAAAGAUGAGACUGUGUGAAAAUAUUUUGUAAAAGUGGAUCACAUUGAAUCCUAUAAAUGAUUAAAUCUGCUUUUUUUCCCCCAAGUUGAGAUUGUGCAGUAGUUCGCACUCCUCAAGCUCUCCCUGUAGGCUGCAUUUUCAUUUCCUCUUUUGUGUAGGGAAGUGCCUUUGUAAUUCCAUUUAUUGCAUUGGUGUUUUCCCCCAAUUGUUAAGUUUGACACAUGAUGCACAGAUUGUUCUUGCAUUUUUAUUGUUUGUUUUUGAAAUGUACAGUCUGUACAUAUGUCCUGAAAAUGUUUUAAUUCCUUUGGCAUGGUUGCCAUGUUGGUUAAAUUUGUAUAAGGCAAUAAACUGCCACUAAUCUA